ACUGCGGCUCACAGGAGCCUGCUUUGUACAGGGAGCAGGGUGCUGGGCGUCCUUGUACAGCUGCUCAGUUUUCUGUUUCAUUUUGUAGACAAGGCUACCUUGAAGAUAGGCAAUGAACCUAAAACCCAAAGAACUUUCUGCAAAAGGUGUGGAAAGCAUCAGCGUCACAAAGUGGCCCAGUCUAUGAAGGGCAAAGAUUUCCUGUGUGCCCAGGGAAGGAGGAGAUGUGACUGCAAGCAGAGUGGCUACAGUGGGCAGACUGGGCCAAUUUCCCAGGAGGCUAAAACCACAAAGAAGGCUGUGCUUAGACUUACGUGUGUUGAGCCCAACUGCAGGUCCAAGGGGAUGCUGGCCAUUAAAACAUGCAAGCUUUUCGAACUGGGAGGAGGUAAGAAGAGAAAGGGUGGGCCCUGGGCAUGAGUAGUGAUGCACCCGGCUAAACGCACAUAGUACAAAGCGCAAGAAUUCCAGUUCGAGCCCCCAGCUCCCCACUUGCAGGGGAGACUCUUCACAAGUAA